CGGAAGUGACGGGAGGCCCCGAGAGCGGGUUUGGUUGUCGAAGUUUGGGCCCUGCGGUCCGCCCUGGGAACAUCUUGGGGAACUAGAUUCCUACAGGUCCGAUUCCGCCAGCCCAAACAGACGAAGCCGGCGCUCGCGCCUGCUUUUAGGCCUAGGAACCGAUGCCGGCCGCGUCCUGGAGCCCCCGUAGCGGGGCGGGACCAUGAGCCUGCUGGGCGGCCUAGUCCCCUUGCCGCGGGCCCCUCCGGCGUACAGCAAGGCCAGGAUGAAAAGGCUCCCGAAGAAGAGCCAGAACGAGAAGUACCGGCUGAAGUACCUGCGGCUGCGCAGAGCAGCCAAGGCCACGGUGUUUGAAAAUGCUGCCAUUUGUGAUGAAAUUGCUCGUCUUGAGGAAAAAUUUCUUAAAGCAAAAGAAGAAAGAAGGUACUUGCUAAAGAAGCUCCUCCAGCUUCAGGCUCUAACUGAAGGGGAAGUACAGGCUGCAGCUCCUUCCCACAGCUCCAGUUUGCCCCUGACUUACAGUGUGGCCAGCUCUGUGGGAACUGUACAGGGAGCUGGGCCCAUUUCUGGGCCCAGCACUGGGGCUGAGGAACCAUUUGGGAAGAAAGCCAAGAAGGAGAAAAAAGAAAAAGGCAAAGAGAACAACAAACUGGAAGUUCUGAAGAAAACAUCCAAGAAAAAGAAAAUGGAGGGAGGUGCUCGCAAGCUGGUUCAGCCCAUUGCCCUGGAUCCCUCAGGACGGCCUGUGUUCCCCAUCGGACUAGGGGGUCUAACAGUAUAUAGCCUGGGGGAGAUCAUCACCGACCGACCUGGCUUCCAUGAUGAGAGUGCCAUCUACCCUGUGGGCUACUGCAGUACUCGAAUAUAUGCCAGCAUGAAGUGCCCAGACCAAAAGUGUCUGUACACCUGUCAGAUCAAGGAUGGUGGUGUACAGCCUCAGAUUUCCACUAGUUUUGGAGGGGACAACACAUCCAAACUCCAUCACCCUGUAAGCUCUCAAACUAAAAUCCUCCCUUUCCUGUUUAGGGGGAAGCUAAUGCCUAACCUAUUUCCAUCUGGAGCUGACUUUUUUGGGUUUUCUCAUCCAGCCAUCCACAACCUGAUCCAGAGUUGUCCAGGAGCUCGAAAAUGUAUCAAUUACCAGUGGGUGAAAUUUGAUGUGUGCAAACCUGGAGAUGGGAAGAUUCACCAGGGACUGCCAGAGAAUGAUGCAGCUAUAAGCUUUGAAGCCUUUCAGAGACAGAUGUUUGAUGAAGAUCAUAAUGAUCCCAUUCUGCCAGGAUCCUUGGACCUCCCAGAGCUUCAGCCUGCAGCCUAUGUGUCUUCUUACCAGCCCAUGUUCCUGACACAUGAACCCUUGGUAGAUACUCACCUGCAGCACUUGAAGUCUCCAUCACAGUAUAGCCCAAUUCAGUCUUCAGAUUAAACAAGAAGGGAUCAGAUUCCACAUCAUUUUCAUCAUCAUGAAAUUUUUAACUUAAACUAAAACUUAGAAUAUUUGGAAGAAGGCAACAAAUUCAAGAGUAAAGAAGAUAUUAAUGCAUUUCACCAUGGAGGUCACCAUGGUGACAGUUUACCCUGGGAAAAACUUCAGCACUUUAUUUUUAGUAAUAAAUUUCUCUUGACAGGUCUGCUUAUUUUCAUCUUGUUAUAAUCAGGUAUGAUCUUUUCUGUGUAGCUCUGCCUGAGGUAGAGUAAACUUCAGUCGGGAAGUUUGAAUUAAAGAGAGCUGGUGUCUUAGUCCAUUUGGGCUGCUAUAACAAAAUACCAUAGACUAAGUAGCUUAUAAAAACUGGAAGUUUAUUUCUCACAGUUCUGGAGGCUGGAAACUCCACGCUCAAGGCUCCAGCAGAUGUGUGUCCUUCCACCAUGUGAGGACACAGCAAGAAGGAGGCAGUCUGUAAACCAGGAAGUGAGUUUAUAAACUGCCUUCUCUCUGUAUCCUCACAUGGUGGGAGGAGCAAGGGACUUCUCUGGGGUCCCUUUUGUAGGGCACUAAUCCUAUUCAUGAGGGCAGAACCCCUCCCAAAGUCCUACCUCCUAGUACCAUCACCUUAGGAGUUAGGAUUUAACGUAUGAAUUUUGAGGGGACAUAAACAUUGACUCUAUAGCAGCUGCUGACUCCUGAGGGAGACAGUAAGAUUCUGACAACCUUCUACUCUUGAUUCUGAUCAUAGUUCAAGGAGUGUCAAGUGCAUAGCCCCAGCAGCCUGUGAUACUUACAUGAAAAUAAAGUCCUUUGCUUAUACUCAAA